CCAAAGCGUCACGGAGCGGUGCAGCAGCAGUGUAUGUAUGUGUGUGUGUGUCCUCAUCACGAAGAGAGAGAGUGAGCGAGAGAGUGAACGGGAAGCAGCACCUCCGCCUUUUCCAUCCAACAUCUUCUCAGAACUCGAGUGGGAACGCGCUCAACUACACCUAGUCCGUACUCCCCCCCUCUUCUUCCUCCUCUUCAAAAUGUCCGUGGGCAGUGACUUUGGGAAUCCUUUAAGAAAAUUCAAACUCGUCUUUCUCGGGGAGCAGAGUGUUGGAAAGACGUCUUUGAUCACACGGUUCAUGUAUGACAGCUUUGACAACACAUAUCAGGCCACAAUUGGAAUCGACUUCCUGUCGAAAACCAUGUACUUGGAAGAUCGAACGGUGAGGUUGCAACUCUGGGACACAGCAGGACAAGAGCGCUUCAGGAGCCUCAUCCCCAGCUAUAUACGGGACUCCACCGUGGCCGUGGUGGUCUAUGACAUCACAAAUGUCAAUUCUUUCCAGCAGACAUCAAAAUGGAUCGAUGAUGUGAGAACGGAGCGAGGCAGUGAUGUCAUAAUCAUGCUUGUUGGCAAUAAAACAGACUUGGCAGACAAGAGGCAAAUCACAAUCGAGGAAGGCGAACAGAGGGCUAAAGAGCUGAGCGUCAUGUUCAUAGAGACCAGUGCCAAGACAGGUUACAACGUCAAACAGCUGUUUCGGCGUGUAGCUGCUGCCCUUCCAGGGAUGGAAAGCAUGCAAGAAACCAGCAAAGAAGGGAUGAUUGACAUCAAGUUGGACAAACCGCAGGAGCCCCCGACCACUGAGGGCGGCUGUUCCUGUUAAUGCUCUGCACCCAUCCUGAGGGGGAAAAAAAGAAAACAUCAUUUACACCACAUGCUUGUUUUGUUGCUUCCUAUUGGUUAACCGCAGUUGACUUUGCACGUUGAGAAUCUGGCCUCCUCACCUGACGAUUGGUCAUCGGUUGGAGCAAGCAGUGUGUGGGUUUGGUUCGAAAGUAGCCUGGUUUUAUUAACAAAACUGCCAAGUUUAAAAAAAAAAAGAAAAA